AAUCACAAAAACAAAAUGGUUUCUCGUUUGUGAAAUGUGUUUAUUAUGGCAUUUUCCUCCCAAAGCAUGAUUUUUUUAUAAUAUAUAUUAAACACAAGUACUUCAAGAUUUAAAAUAGUACUUUGAUGAGUCAAAAUUAUUGGAAAAAGUGUAAUAGUGGCAUAACAAUCAACCCGCUGCCAUCGACGCUGGGGUUCAAGAAUUUUUGUUACUGGACGAAAUAUAACACAUUAGCGAUGAAUGGGAUUCUGUUGCAUUGGCGAUGUGGCGAACGAAUGUUGAUAGAUCGCUAGUUUAGCAAAAUUGGCUUUUCUGCAUUAUGAGGGAGAUGGUAGGAGGCUGUUGUGUUUGUUCUGAUGAUAGAGGCUGGUCUGAGAAUCCCCUUGUUUAUUGUGAUGGACAGUCGUGUACUGUUGCAGUUCAUCAAGCUUGUUAUGGUAUAGUUACUGUUCCAACAGGCCCAUGGUAUUGUUGUAAAUGCGAAAGUCAAGAAAGAACUGUUAAAGUGAAGUGUGAACUGUGUCCCAGUAAAUAUGGCGCCCUUAAGCGCACCGAUAAUCAAGGAUGGGCCCAUGUGGUUUGCGCUUUGUACAUUCCCGAGGUUAGAUUUGGCAACGUUUCCACUAUGGAACCUAUCCAGUUGCAGUUGAUUCCUCAGGAAAGAUUUAAUAAGGUUUGCUAUAUUUGUGAAGAAAAGGGUAAAGCUGCCAGUUCGAAGUUUGGUGCGUGUAUGCAAUGCAAUAAAGUGGGUUGCAAGCAACAAUUUCACGUAACUUGUGCCCAAAGUUUAGGUUUGUUGUGCGAGGAGGCUGGGAAUUACCUGGACAACGUUAAAUAUUGCGGAUAUUGUCAGCAUCAUUAUAGCAAGUUGUUCCAGAAAAAGGGCGGUAACGUGAAAACGAUUCCGCCGUACAAGCCGAUCAGCGACAGCCACAAUUCGGACUCGAAUUCCGAAAGAGAGUCCGAAGGGGGCGCGUCCGGCUCGAAGAGGGGCUCCUCGCCGUCGUCGUUCCGGAGAAAGUCCGGCUCCAGCGGCAAGAGCAGUUCGUCCAAGGUGCCCAAUUCGUCCAGCAAGUCGUCUGGGUCUUCGUCGCAGCAGAAGACUACUCACAACAAUACAAAGGGAUCAUCAGAUAAGAAGGUGUCAACUUCGAAGGUUGUCAAAGCUGAUGAUACAUCGUUGCCUCCGGCUUCGACUUCCUCCGACCCGAAAUCCGACAAGAAAGAGAAUAAAAGCGAACCCACUUCCGAAUCAGAUCGCGAGUCGAAGGACAAGGACUAUUCGAAACACUACAAGAAACGCAAAGUGAACUCGAGGACGCCCACGCCCGUCCAGGGCGAGACCAGUGUCGUGGUUAGUGCCGUAGCGACUGUCGCGCCCUCUUUCAGUGUUCAGACUACCACAAGUGCCCCAACUACAGUACAAACGGACAAAAGUAAUAGCGUUAGUUCGAGUGACGUUCCGCCAGUCGAUAAAACAAAGAAGGCAAAAUUUGAUUCAACUCAGUCAAUAAUCUCCAAUCAGCCCGUCGUUGCCUUAACUUCAUUGCCUUCAUUGAAAUCGAGUUCCACAUCUACCAGUACUACAGGAGAACCCACAGCAAUACCCCCCGAAACAUCAUCUUCAUCAAUAUCUACCCCCUCAAUAAUUCACACAGCACAGGCGCAAGCUCAACAGCACCAACAACAAUCGCUUGUAGUGUCUGUACCUUUGGCCAGCACGACGCUAAGCCCACAUAAUCCAUUGAUUAGCAAUCAGACAAGUGUCUUGGUGCAGACGCCUUUUGUUGUGACAUCUGAAAAACCUGCUUCGGCAAGUGGUAGUGGCUCCGAAAGGGGCACUCCAGUUACACCAGUUGCAACAGACACUAUGAUUAUUACUGCUGGCAGUACAAACCAAGGUGUUUUAACGUCAGAAAUGAGCGGAGGUGGACUGAAAAUUACGUACGAAAAACAACCCGAUUCCAUCAAUACGGAAGUCGAUAUGGAGUUGGAAGUGGAAACUCCUCCCAGUACUCAGGACGCACCCAGUAAAAGAGGAAGAUCACAAUCGCAUGAAAAGAGUGAUCGUACGACGCGAGGUAAAAAACGUAACAGUACCGGAUCAAAUGGAAUGGCCCAAAUGCAAACCAGUUCGUUCACGUCUGACGUCCCAAAGCGUACCACUCGCAUGCACUCCAGUACGUCAGCGAGUACUUCACCCCAACAGCAACUUGGGGCAUUUGCUGUUAUUUCACAGGAGAAAAUAAAAGAUUCCCCACCAAGCAGUCCGAGUUCAGAAAGCCAGGGAGCAUCCUCUAGCGGCCAAAGUCGAAGUCGUACUAAGGGCCGCAAGAGUGCGCCUGCGGCUGUGAAUUUAGGACAAGCCCCGUCCAAAGCAGAAAAUAAAGAAUUUAAAAUCUUUCAAAAUGGCGUUGGAACCGCCCCUCACAUGUUAGGCAACCAACUUAACCCCACGUCGACUAUGCAUCAGAAAAUGACUGAUCAUCUGAAUUCUGAAUUAGAGGCGCAUAGUAUAUACAGUACUUCUAACGACACAAGUCCCACGUUGAUCGGACCUCAAAUGCAUCAUAAAGUCGUGCAAUCGGCUAGAGCAAGUAGUACCGGUUCGAGUACUGCCUCUGGGGGUAGUGGUUUAUCGUCGGUAUUGGGUGGGGCUGGGGGUACAAUUCCACAAACUCUAGACCAACUUCUAGAACGCCAGUGGGAACAAGGAUCUCAGUUUUUGAUGGAACAAGCUCAGCAUUUCGACAUUGCUUCACUUUUGUCCUGUUUGCAUCAAUUGAGGGCGGAAAAUUUCCGAUUGGAAGAGCAUGUCAGUUCGCUGAUUCAAAGACGGGAUCAUUUACUAGCUGUCAAUGCCAGAUUGGCGAUUCCUCUUACUGGACAACCUAGUAUCGCACAAACUCAACAAACCUCUCAUUCUCAUAAUGUGAAUAACAUUCAUCCGAAUGUUGUUGUGAAUCACGGAGACAUUCCUAGACCUUCACGUCAUAGUAGCGGGUCGAGUUAUGACAGACAUAUGUCAAACGCUCACCAUCCGCCAAUCGAGAACGGUCUGCCACCUGAUUCGUAUGCACCAAACCCUCAUAGAAGUCCUGUAGGUAGUGGCCAGCCGAGUCCCACAGUUAGACACCCGGCGGGGCCGUACCCCCCAUCCAACAACGGCCUGCUGCGUCAGUGCGCUGACACGGGCGGAAGGGCGGCGCCGCCCCGCCCCCAGCCGUUCUACCCGCUCUACGACCGUCCCGGCUCCGCCCACUCGUCGUCGUCCUCCUCGCAGCAACAGGUGUGACACCGACCGCGCAAGCGCAAACGUAGUCAGAUGAUGGUAAUAAGGAGAGACAGAGAUACAGACCUGUAUGGAUAUAAUUCGAAACCAGGCUGAAAGCUGACGUUUUAAGAGGUCGAAGCAUUGACAAAUCAAGUAUAUUUGGGUUUUGUGUGUGUAUAAGGUUAACGCUUAAUUUUAUUUCAAUAGAUUUAUUUUUUAUUUUUUGAUAAAAAUUCUUGUUUUCUCCCCCUUUCAAUCAAUUUAACAAGAAAUUCUAC